UUUUAAAACUGCACAAAAGUAUCCAAUAUCCAAGUAUUAUCUUAGUCUGCAAGAGUUGCGUGAGAAAUGACCCGUGGAGGGCUUCUGUGAGCUCUCGUGCGCUGCCGAUCUGCUCCAAAGCGCACCCAGAACCACGUAGAACCCUGGUGCGUUCCCCACUCCCCAGCGCAGCCACCAGGCGUGGCGACAGCGUGACCUCGCGUAGUCAUGGCCGCCAUGACCAUGGCGGCGGCCAACAUGCUGCCCAACAACUCGAUGAACUUCACCGAGAACCAGCACGGCAACGCCGUCCUGGAGACGCUCUACCACCAGCGCGAGCAGAACGCCUUCUGCGACGUCAUCCUGCACGUGCAGGGCCAGGAGUUUGAGGCGCACCGCUGCGUGCUGGCCGCCUGCUCCAAGUAUUUCCAGGCCCGGUUCAAACAGGAGCGGGUGGCCAAGGAGCAGGUGGAGAUUCCCAGCUGUGGCGGUCACGAGAUCUUCAAAUGCCUGCUCGACUACAUCUACACGGGUAACGUGGUGAUCGACAAGCACAACGUGUCCGAGCUAGUGCGCCUGUCGAACCAUCUGAGCGUACUCAAGCUGCGCGGCCACUGCUCCGAGUACCUGGAGCGCUACCUGGACGUGACCAACUGUCUGUCCGUGCUGGACAUGGCCGCCAAGUACCAGAUGGGUGAGCUGUUGCGCACGGCGGCCGCCUUCGUCCGCCACCACAUCGACGAGGUGCUGCGGCAACAGGAAGCCAUGGAGCUGCCUCACAGCAAGGUGGAAACCAUCAUCAACGACAAGGAGCUGGACCUGUCCCCGGAGCGUCAGCUGACCUUCAUCCUGGACUGGGUGCGGCACAGCGUGUCAACACGCGAGAACGAGCUGCGGCAGCUGCUGCUGAGCGCGCCGCUGCAGCUGAUGGAGCGCGGCCGGCUGCAGCUGCUGCUGCAGGGCCACGGCCUGCUGGCCGAGAGCGAGCGCUGCCUGUUCGCUACCCUGCAGAGCCUGGCAGACGCCGGCGUACGGCUGCCCGCCUAUGAGCACCUCUACACGCAGAUCGAGGAGAAGUACAUGCAGGACCUAGUGGUGGAUAACGAGGCGCUCAUGUCGAUGGCUAUCAACACGGCCAUCGAGGAUCUGGUGGGCACCGAGGCGACUGUGUUCGACGGACUGCAUCGACUCCAACAGCAGGCAGCCGUCUCCGGCCAGAACCCAGCGCCGAUCGAGAUGUUCUCGCUCUCCGGUAUCGAGGACGCCCUCGGCGGCGGCGGAGGUGGAGAGGCGCCGCCGGCCGCCGAACAGGAGACGGCGCGUGACCUGCGCUGUCACGGCGCCGCCGAGCCGCGCCACGCCGGCCGCCACCAGGAGCUGGCGCCCGCCGCGCUGAUGCGGUACCAGGAGUACGGUGACGCCGCCGGGGAGCAGCUGCCGCCGCCGGCCUCGGUCGCCGUAUCCUCCGCCCACGACAAGUACGCCGAGCUGGCGGCCGCAGAGGCCGACCCCCGGUACAGCGAGCACGCGCGCGCUGCCCCGCGGACCGCCGGCAGAUACAGAAAUGUCGGAGACUGCCACGAGAUGGCGGGCGCGUACGGCGGUGGCUCGCUGAUGUCCGCCGGGGACGCGCAGUACGUGGUGGUGCUGAAACGGCCCGGUGACGGAGACCCGGAGAAGCUGGAGCCGCCGGUGUCGGGCGGCGACGACCGCCGGCUGGAGCAGGGUCAGGCGCUGGGCGCGCAGUGCAUGGUGCCCUGGUACGCCGACACUGCUACCGUCACCUCCAGCGGCUCGGGCGGCGGCGAGCCGGCCUACUGCGAGCAGCAGCUCACCCUGGCGCAGUGCCGCUUCGAGCGGGACGUCGAGUCGGCGCCGGCCGAGCCGCGCUACCCGCCGCUGGCGACGAGGUCGGGCCGCGACGUGACCUGCUACCAGGUGGGCGAGGGGCGCGGCGCGUACGACCCCGCUCCGUACGGGUGCGAGGCGGCGCCGCUGGAGCCGCUGGUGGUCGUGCCGCCGUCAGAGCAGACGUCCAGCCUGCUGUACUCCGACGGCCGCCGGGCGGAGCUGCUGGCCAAACUGGAGCUGUCACCGCUGCAGGAGCAGUGCGACGAACAAGAGCGGAGGUUUGAAGACCACGCGAGGUUUGAGGACCAGGGAAGGUUUGACGGUCAGGGCAGGUUUGAAGAGCAGGGAAGGUUUGAUGACCAGGGGAGAUUUGAAGGUCAGGGAAGGUUCGAAGAAUCUGGCAGAUUCGAGGACGGAUCAGGCAGGUUUGCGGACGAGCCCGGCAGAUUUGUUGGUGACCAAGAGAGGCUCGGGGAGAUGUCCCAGGGGCGGUUUAUGGAGCCCGAGCAGGGCCGGUAUGCCGAGACGGCUGGGGACAGGUUCGGGGACGUGCAACAGGCUCGCCAGGUGGACCAGGCGAGGUUCGAACAGCUCGAGCAGGCGCGCUUUGAGCAGGCCGAGCUGGCGCGCUUCGAGCAGACCGAGUUGGCGCGCCCGAGCGAGUCCGACCAGGUGUUUGUGUACCAGAGUGAUUCGCUGCGCCUCGAGCCGGUCCCGUCGCCGCCGCCACCGCAGCCGCUGCCCAUGCCGGCCAAAAAGCGCAAGCUGGACCCCAGUCUCGCCGAGGAACUGCGCACUAUCCACGAACGUAACCAGCAGUCGCUGCAGGAGCAACUGCGCGCGCCACCCGAGCCCGAGUACGCGGCGGCGCCGGUCGGCGACCACGAGCUGCCGGCCAUCCAGGAGGAGCUGCGCGGCGCGACCGGCCCCGAGCCGCGGCCGGACGCCGAGCGGCCGAACGGCGCCGCCGGACAGGAGGACCCGAGCUCGGCGACACCGCCGGCAGGCGAGCCCAACGUCAACCACAGUCCAAAGAAGAAGCGGCUGAGGCGGCAGGCGCCGCCACCGCCGCCGGACAGAGAGGAGGAGCUGGGUCCCGCGAACACCACAGACCUCACGCCGCUGCUGGCUGUGGCCCCGGCGCCGCCGUCUCCCGUUCCGGCGCCGCCGCCGCCGCCGCAGCAGCAGUCGCCUCCGCCGCCGGCGCGGCCUGAGCAGCACGCCUGCUCGCGCUGUCAGUCCGUGUUCACCCUGAAAUCGGCCCUGCUCAAACACAUUGCCGCAAAGCACCGGCCCACCGACCAGAAAAAGAAGACGUUCAUGUGCAAUAUCUGUGAGACCACCUGCGACAAGAAGGCGCUCUACGUCAAACACAUGAUGACACACUUUGAGGGCCCGCCGUUCACGUGCUCCAUAUGUUUCCGCGAGUUCCCCGUGUUCUCCGUGUUUCUGCGCCACCGGCGGGAGCACGGCGAGAACAAGCCUUACCGCUGCCCCGACUGCAACCUCAGCUUCUGGAAAAAGUGCAACCUGGACCACCAUAUGCGUGUUCACACCGGAGAGAAGCCCUUCCAGUGUACGAUUUGCAAGGUCACCUUCAGCCUGAGGACCACGCUUAAGCAACACAUGAACAAGCACUCGAGCGAGAAAAAGUACGCCUGCGACGAGUGUGACUUCUCCACCAAAUACGCGAACCACCUUAUCACGCAUAAGAAAAUUCACGCCGGUGACCUGCACCGGUGCUCGCACGCCGGCUGCCAGUACACCACGCCCAAGCGGUCCCACUUGCGCGAGCACCUGCAGUCGCACGCCAAGCGACGCAGCCACCACUGCCCGCUUUGCCACAGCACCUUCAACGUAAAGACGCAUCUCAGCAGACACAUGCGCACGCACGACGAGAGCAAACAGUUCCGCUGCACCCUGUGCGACUACACCGUCCACCGUAGCGACCGCUUCAAGAGCCACAUGGCCACACACGCGCGACCGGAGCCCAAGGGACACCGGCCGAAUGCGAAACGGGUGAAGACCCAGCCGCCGCCGCCGCCUCCACCCCUGCCCGAGCCGGCGAUGGAGGUCGAACUGUCCUCCGGAACGCCCAUCGCCGCCGAAUGGGAUGUGUUCUGAGUGGAACUUGGGGGGGGGGGGGGGGGGGUCGAGAGAGAACGUCAACGGAUGUUCAAAGAUAGCCCAAUGCCCUGAUCGAUCGAACAAAAUUACAUAUGCAAUUUGCAUAGCAUGAGACAAAUAGGCGGCUUUGUGACUUAAUUUAAUUCUUAUGAACGCAUUUUUGUGACUCUGGUUUCUUGUUAACUGUUAUGCAUUUCAUGUGUUACUAUUUCACAGGUUACUGGUUAGGAUACAUUUUUUCAAGUGACUUUCCAGUUAUAUUCUACCGUGCAAAGGCAAACACGGAUUACGUUCGGGUGACCUCUGACCUGACAUAAUGACCUCUGACCCAGUGUAAUCGUCUUUGCCUUUGCACGGCAGUAUUUAUUCCUCGAAUGAAAAGUGAAUGGUCACUUUCAUCUGUAUCAGCUGUUUCUCGUUAAUAUUUGAUAAGUAAGCAUUACCACGCGUUAGUUGCCCCGCUUUGAACACUUAACUCUUUCACUUUUGUAGAGCUAUUGUGGUCUAUUACUCACACUAGAUUAUUACUCACACUAGAUUCAGCUGUUAAUGUUUUACGCUGUUAGAGAAACUGUGCUGGUCAUGAUGAGACAGACGACACAUAUUCGACCGUCUGUCGCGUUCAAAUUGGCUUCCGCUGAGAGAACGGCCUUCUUUACGGUCCUGGUCCUAUUUACAACUUCUCUUCUGAAAGGUAUCGUGGUAAAUUUACGCUGAUGUUUGGCGUAAAUGUGCUCAGGUAAAUGCGUACAGCUAUUGGUCAGUAAAUGUGUUCAAACCAAUUAUGGUUAGAAUCGCGACGUGCGUAGUCCUUUUCUUUUACCGGAUCAAAUUGCGACAGGUGUGAGGGGUUCAGCUCACCACCUUGAUCUCGUUAUGACCCGAACAAUGGUACGGCAUGUCGUGCGACGCCUCCCUUCGUUCGCCUGAAGUGGUACGCGGUGAAUGGAUGAAAGGGAGCAUUCGUUGGUGUUGGGAGGUGAUCGGUUGCUUGUAUGUGCCAGCUGUGAUCUUAUAAGAUAUACAUACUGUGCAAUAUUUUA